GAUUCAAACAACAGCUCUCUGAUUCCCCAUAGCGAUCAAUCCGAGCGCUGCAGUUGUCAGUAGGCUACACUUCGUUUUCCUGGGUCCAUGUUGAAGUUGGUCAGCCCAGACUUUCUCGCAUACUCAGCUUCGUCGGGUCAUUCCAGGGCACGCGUUGCAUCUGUUCCAUCCCGCUCGUCCCGCUCGCAGGUACAACAAACACCGACUACAUCCGCACAAACUCAGUAAGAGAGGAAUGCACCGGUGGAGUGUCGGAAAAUAACAUUUCUGUGUGCCGAACUGCGUAUGUGCAAACUGGCUCAAAUGAAGAUCCUACAUCUGUAUAGUGGUGAGGCCUUGUUGAUUGAACUGGCUCCAAUGGUGUAAGCCGACGCAUCACCGUGGGGGAUUCUGACAGUCCGCACAGCCCAGGCCAGUAUCAGAAGGCAGGGGAGGGUAUGAGAAUGGUGUCUAUGCCCUGAAGCCCAGCAGCAUGUCAGAGCAAGGAGACAAAUGCACCACCCCCCGCUGGAAACAUGAGGCCAUGCAAAAUGCCUUUUGUAUGUGCCUACCUGCCUUCGGUGCAGCCGCUGGCCAUCAUGAACUACUGCAUGCCUGACAUGUAUGAGAUGCCUCAUGGCGUGGGCGGUGGCUACCCGAUGCAGGGCGGUGGGGAGUACUGCAUGUAUGGAGGUGAUGGUCCCGGGGGGUACGGGCACUGUGAGCCCCAACCCAUGCACCAGAUCCACCCUCCCUGCAUGGAGCAGGCUUGGCCCCCCAGCCAGCCCUACGCCUGCUCCUACCCAGGACCCAACCCCGUGUUCAAAAGUGAAUACUGCACCAUGGAAGUGCCUCUCAGCCACUACAACCACCAGCCCGACUACUAUUCUGAGGGGAAGCCUGACUUCUCCCACAUGCAGUGGAUGCAAGAGGUUAACAAGAAAGGGUACAUCCCUAGUUACCUGGACAAGGACGAGUUAUGUGUGGUAUGUGGGGACAAAGCUACAGGAUAUCACUAUCGCUGUAUCACCUGUGAAGGAUGCAAGGGUUUCUUCCGGCGGACGAUCCAGAAGAACCUGAACCCAACGUACGCGUGUAAGUACGAGGCAAAGUGCAUCAUCGAUAAGGUGACCAGGAACCAGUGCCAGGAGUGUCGCUUCAAGAAGUGCAUCACUGUCGGCAUGGCAACAGACUUGGUGCUGGACGACAGCAAGCGGCUCGCCAAGCGGAAGUUGAUCGAGGAGAACCGUGAGCGGCGGCGGAAGGAGGAGCUCCAGAAAACGGUGUGGGACCGGCCUGAGCCGUCCCAGGAGGAGUGGGACCUGAUCCGCAUGGUCACCGAGGCCCACAUGUCAACUAAUGCCCAGGGAAACCACUGGAAACAGAAACGCAAGUUCUUGAGUGCAGUGGGGGUGAAGGAAACCAAGCCCGAGGACAUUGGUCAAGCGCCGGUCAUAAAUGCACCUGAAGGGAGCAAAGUGGACAUUGAAGCCUUCAGUCAGUUUACAAAAAUUAUCACCCCCGCCAUUACCAGAGUGGUGGACUUUGCCAAAAAGCUGCCUAUGUUCUGUGAGCUGCCUUGUGAAGACCAGAUUAUCCUAUUGAAAGGCUGCUGCAUGGAGAUCAUGUCUUUACGGGCGGCCGUUCGCUACGACCCCGAGAGUGAGACGCUGACGCUUAACGGGGAGAUGGCCGUGACCCGCGGCCAGCUGAAGAACGGAGGCCUGGGUGUGGUGUCGGAUGCUAUCUUUGAUUUGGGCUUAUCGCUGUCUUCGUUCCACCUGGACGACUCUGAGGUCGCUCUGCUACAGGCCGUCAUCCUCCUGUCCUCCGACCGUCCGGGGCUGACCAGCGUGGAGCGUAUUGAGCGCUGUCAGGAGGAGUUCCUUCUGGCCUUUGAACAUUACAUCAACUACCGCAAACACAAGGUGGCGCAAUUCUGGCCUAAGCUGCUGAUGAAGGUGACGGACCUGCGGAUGAUCGGGGCGUGCCACGCCUCCCGUUUCCUGCAUAUGAAGGUGGAGUGCCCCAACGAACUUUUCCCCCCACUCUUCCUGGAGGUCUUUGAGGACUGACGGACAGACGGAGGGACAGACGCGCACGCACACACCCUGCCAAGGUGUGUGUGGUCGGGUUGUGUGUGGGCGCCUGUCGGGGGCUACGACAGUGGGCCUCAGAGUGGCUCUAGGCGUCUUGGGACACGUUGGAACUCUCAUUAGCACUACUGAGUCAUUUCAUUCCAUAGCUUUGGUGUAGCCUAUAGCUUCUCAGCCUAGUUUUUAUGGAUGGAACCAUCCCUUACGAUGCGGGUACAAGUGAACAGCAUUUUCUUUUGGUUUUUAUUUUGUAAAUGUUUCACCUCUCCUCAGUUACUUCUCUAUAGGUUUUUUGGGUUAAUUGUACAGUCAGUCAGUCGGCUUAUUGGUGAUUAUGUCUAGUUGUUGUCGUUGGCAGCGCUCGUUCAGUCAGUCAUAUGAACCAUGCAACUUCUAGUGUUUCAUUUUACUCCAGUUUAUUAUUGAGUGCUGACUCCACCAACCCUGAGAAGGUCAGUACUGUACAAGACAGUGGCCGACAGCAGAAGCCAGUUAACCUGCAUUAUUCCAUUCCCUUCCUUUUCGUAUUCUCUUCCUACGAGACUUCCCCAGUCAGGGGAUGUGUAGUAGCUUUCAUAUAGGUGUCCCUCUGGUGCUGGUGUUCUGUGAGAGCUAUAUCUAUACCUGCUCAAUGCUGCCAUUCUAACACACUCUUACUGUACUCACAUCAUUCACACCAUAGAAAUAGUCAAUGUUCUGUAAUGGGAUGGCUAUUCUUAUUCUAUUUCUAUGAUUGACACCACAAGCUCCCACCUUGAGUAAACCUAGGCCCAUUUCUAAACAAUGGCAAGGCACAACACUAAUCCACAUCCAUGUAGAAAAAGCUAGCUAAAAGACGGCUUGUUUCUCCUCUUCUGUGUUAAACCUAAACGAUCAGGACAGAUAUAUAAGCACACUUUGACACGAAGUCAGGAAAAAGAUUAAAGCCAUUCAAUAGCUAUCUCUUUUUUUUUCACGAUGCCACUCAUGCAGUGCCAAAAAAAAUUGGGAAUUCAUCCAAUCAUUUUGGAUUGUUUCCCGGAACCAGGAUGCAUGAUCUAACCUGAUCUGAUUGGCUAUCAGUGACUUCUUCUAGAACCUAGAACAUGCUUCCGACUCUCAUUCACGUUCUAGAGUGUAGACUUGCAUCAUGAAACAGAACGUUAUUGAAACAGAGAGAAUGUUCUUGUUGUUGUCACCAUGGCGUGUAGUUCCUGAACUGCAGAUGGACAAAUCAGACAGACAGACACUGUGAGCUGUGAUGCUGGCAGAAAUUCCUCCUGCUGUCUCACAAGAUUCCAUGGGAACUUUUUAACUAUGUUCAAGCGUCAUAUUAUAUUCUCAACAUGUGAGUUACUGAAAGUGAUCAUGAUCCUCCUAUAAGGACUGGUUGUUGCUAUGAUACUUGCUAAUUGGCUGAUUCAUGCCUGUAUGACUGACAUGUGGGUAGAGUCAGGGGGUCAAACCCUUUCUAUGUUGACCACAGUCAAUGGAAUUCUGAGUCAGAGGAGAGAAUCGCUGCCACUAGGGGUGUCACACCCUGACCUUAGUAUUCUUUGUUUUCUUUGUUAUUUUAGUUAGGUCAAGGUGUGACAAGGGGUGUAUUGGUACACUAUUUAUACCGAAACGUUUGGUACGGGGACCUCGGUUCGGUCCACACUGUGAACCCGAAUGAAUAGAUAAAAAAUAUCUUAAAACAAUAAACUACUAGGCCUAUAGGUUAUGCCUACGCUGCGUUGUAUGCCUCUUGAGUAAAUCUGAGCUGAAAAAAACAUUUCAGGCUAUUCAGUUAAAACAACUAGAGCCUAUGCACACAUUGUAGGCCAAUUAAAAUUAGAAUGUUAAUUGGCGCAUUUCAAACUGUCCUUUUGUGAGGCGCAGCCGGGAGCUAGUUCUGUACGAUGGCAGGUGGUGGGGUCGAUAAACCAGCAGGAUUCUCCAUCGACAGUUUGGGAACAUUUUGGCUUCCCAGUAGAUUACAAUGGCGGUGGACAGAGAGAGUAUAUCGCCACUGCUCAACCAGAAUAGCCUAUGCAGCUGCCAACACCUCAAACAUGUUGACACAUUUACGCCAACACCAUCCCAGUAUUCUUACCAUAGGAGCAAAACGGAAACGCAAAAAAAAACAUUAAAACAAUUUUGUCUCCCCUCUGCAUUCAAGCAACUGAUUCUGACCGGGCCAAAGAAUUUCUAAGAGCGAUAGGUAUGUUUAUAGCCACGGAUAUGCGCCCAUUCUUGGUGGUUGAGAACAGGGGUUUUCAGCACCUCAUGAAAGUGCUUGAGACACUACGAAAUUCGCACUCUUGCACCCAUUUCAGCAAACGGGUAGUACCCGCUCUAUACAAGCAAGCUAAAGACAAAGUUGUCAAUGAAUUUGCCAAUAUACCCUGUGUUGUGCUUACUACAGAUGGAUGGACCUCCAGGGCAACAGAUAGCUACUUAACAGUGACACCCCAUCACAUUACCCGGAGUGGGAAAUGAGAAGUAUCGUGUGCCCAAUUUGAGAGGCACACAAAUGCGUGCCUUUGUGUCUUUGUAAGAAAACAUUAUAGCAUAGGUCUCUCUAUAUACAAUGUCUGAGCCAUAUUUACAUAUUGACUUCACACAUUAAUUGCACUUUUUAGUGUUGUUGUUGAUGAGUAAAAAUACUGUGUUGGUAUUCCUGAUGGUGCUCUCAUCAGGCAUUAUAUGACUCAUGAUCAUGUAUGGAAUCAGGAAUACCAACACUUUGUAUUUUCUUAAAUAAACCAAAAUUAACUACAGUAAAUGUUAGCCUGCCAUUUUCCCCACUGUACCGAAACCCAAUGGAAUCGUGACCCCAAAACCACAAUACAUACAGAACCGUGGGUUUGGUGAACCAUUACACCCCUAGCUGCCACAUUCAUUUAAAAAAAAUAUGAUGCAACAUCAGCAGGGUACAGAAAAAAACUUGAUGAUAAAAAAAAGCUCUUUAUUUUGGUUGUAUAUUUCUUUUAAAAAAAAAGUUGUAUGAUAUUGUGGUUUGUUUGCAACAGUUAAAAAAAAAUGUAUAAACUUUGCGUAAAAAUCCAACUAUUAUAAGCUUCACACUACUCCUCAAAGCAGCUUGUGUUUUCACUGUAAAAGUGAUGCCUUUCAUAAAGCAAUAGACUUCAACGUUUUUAAAUUACUAGGACCUCACAAUUCACACAAAAUGCACAGUUAACAAUGCGCAGACAAUCAGAGCGAGACAGACAGGUAAUUGGAAACAGGAAGUGGCGCAGGGUCCAAUUACUUCCUGGUUUACAAGUUGAAUGGGGACACGGGCUAAGUCAAUGGCCCUAGAAUCAGUUGUGACAAUCAGCAUAUUUGAGGCAAUUUGUUUGAGACAGGCAACGGCGGCGCAGAAUGGCAAGUCUUGAUCACAUAAUGAGUAGUUAUUUGGAAUGCAAGGUGAUUUAUAGUCGUCUGUAGUUGAUCUCAAACAUGCACUCUGCUGAAUGUCACCUUAUUCCACAAGAUACUUCUUAAAGCGCCAGUGUGGUAUUUUCUCUCGCAAGAGUGGUCACUCUUAAUAACUCAGUUACAAACCAAUAACAAAUGUUGCACCAAUAGAAAAGAAGCUAUUUUACAGUACUACAGAGGAUAAGGAUGUAUAUUUUCAGACUGCAGAAUUUUUUUACAGAUAUUGUAUGCAUUAUGAACAUUUUACUGUUUUACGUAAAUAACGGGAAAAAACAAUCUUUCUCUCAAUUUCAUUGCAAAACCACAAUGACAUACUGUUCUAGAUUUGCUUUAGAUAUAACUAUGUGAACAUCAUGAACUAGUAAGAUUCAUAGACAGAUUGAAGUGUUAGUUUCACCUUGACAAAAUAUCUGUUGGUUACUGUAUGGAACUAUAUCAGUGGUGGCUGGUGGCACUUUAAAUAGGGAGGACAGGCUCAUAGUAAUGGCUGUAAUGAAAUAAAUAGUGGUCUCAAACACAUCAAACAUCUGGUUCCCAUGUGUUUGAUACCAUUCCAUUCACUAUUAUGAGCCGUCCACUCGUCACCAGCCUCCUCUGAACUCAACAUAUACUAUACUGCAAAGUUGGCCAGGACAAUUUGAAUAAAAACCAGCUCCAUUUCUGAAAGCCAAGCAAAUCCACUCACUGUUAAAAGAAUAACAAAUGAUUUACUUGUGUGUUUUCUUGACUUAAUGUUUUAGCAGACAAAUACCAACAAUAUGUUUUUCAUGAUGUAGUAAACGUUUAUCAAUGAUAUCCGGAAUAUUGGAUGACAAGUCUUUGGAGAGAAAGAGUGAGAGAAUGAACUUGUGGUGUUAGUGUAAUUGAUUGAGAAUGAGUCUGUGGGUGUAGUGUUUUUGUACCAAAUUGAAACGUGUUGCACACAGCGUUGCCUAUGGAGUUGAAUCUGACCUGUUUUGACCCUGGAAGAAAAGACAAGUUGCACACAGCGUUGCCUAUGGAGUUGAAUCUGACCUGUUUUGACCCUGGAAGAAAAGACAAGUUGCACACAGCGUUGCCUAUGGAGUUGAAUCUGACCUGUUUUGACCCUGGAAGAAAAGACAAGUUGCACAAAAAAUAUAAUAAUUAUGAAUUUGGAUCCUCAUGAUUAUAAUGCCAUUUGCACGUAAUGUGAAUUGGAUCUUGAGAAUAAAGAUGGUUUUAAGAAAA